AUGGGCAUUGAUUGCGGAAAACUUAAUCAUCCGUUUUACGAAGAUAUGGUGAUUAGGGAUCGGACGUAUGCCAUAUACCAAUUAUACAGUUCACAUGAACUGAGUUCAGUUCAUAGGCAUCUCUCGUCACUUUCAAUCGAUUACAUUGUUUUAGAAGCAAAUUAUUGUUACUCUCGGAGCGGAAAAUGUCGUCUCAAUGACAUCUGGAAAGUUGAAGACUUCCGACGAUUGGGUCGAAACCAUUACAGACAACAAGAGUCUCAACAGUCGGAGACAUUAAUAUGCGAUCGACUCUUUGCUCAUCCGAAACCAUUUUUUAGACGUCAUAAGUUGUGGUCAAUUGUAGCGUUAGUGGAGAGGAAUGUCAAUCCAUGGAAGCGUUCAAUGCAUGCAAUGUUAAGGCUAAGAGACAGAGAGGACGAGGAUAUCGGUUCUGAGCCACUGGUCAUGACGUCAGCAACUCUUUCUCAGAGCUUGUUUUCCGGGUCCUUAAACCUAAACCCAAACCUACAGUACCUGUGCUUCACCUGA